AUGGAGGAUCUUGCCGUCACAUCAGGGGAAGCAAAUGUUGCUACUAUUUCUGCUAACUUAAGUUCAGUGCCGAUCCUUAAUGGUACAAAUUUUAAGGAUUGGAAGGAGAACAUUUUAAUUGUUCUUGGAUGCAUGGAUCUAGAUCUUGCGCUUAGGAUAGAGCAACCCACUGCUCCUACAGAUACUAGUUCCUCUGAACUGAGGGCUAAAUAUGAGAAGUGGGAUCGCUCUAAUCACAUGAGUCUUAUGAUCAUCAAGUGCGGCAUACCUGAGGCUUUUAGGGGUGCGGUGUCUAAUAAUGUCACCAAAGCUAAAGAAUAUCUUGAUGAGAUUGAAAAACGCUUUGCCAAAAGCGAUAAGGCAGAAACAAGCACAAUCUGA